CUUGAUUUCAUAGUAUUAUGUGUUUUGGGACCAAGUCCCUCUUCUUUCCUCAUUAAUAGAGUAGAGCACAUGCAGCAAUUCANUAAAAAAAAAAAAAAAAAAAGAGGGAAUUCCGCUUCCUCUCUUUGCUCAUGUGCUGAUUUAAGGCAAUGUUUGUGAAAAUGAAAAUGCAAAUAUCAUGAUAUUAAUGUUAUCCAAGAAUGGGAAUUACUCUUUCUUGUCUCCAUAUCAACUACUUUCCCCCACCGUCACAACUUAACUUAUAGAGAGAGUUGUGAAAUAAAAGACUGCUCACUGCCAUUUGUUACACACUAUCCAGAGAUUUUUUUUUUUUUUCUCUUGGAUAAUUCGUCGAGCAUCUUGCAGGCAUUUCGAACUUCUCAAAUGGAAGAGCCUAAUAAAAAUAAAAAGAAGAAGAAGACGAAAGAGAAGCCAAACGUUUGGUUCUCACUGAGAAACUCGCUGCACUGCAAAUCUGAGCCGUCGGAUGUGCACGACCCAAGGAUCCGCCGGAGUCAGCUGACCUCGAUCUUGACCAAGAAAACCGGCCGGUCCGGGUGCUCCCGGUCCAUCUCCAACCUCAAGGACGUCAUCCAUGGCAGCAAGCGGCACCUUGAGAGGCCGGCCAGCUGCAGCCCCAGAUCCAUCGGCAGCUCCGAGUUUCUCAACCCCAUUGCCCACGAAGUCAUUCUCACUGACUCCAACUGCGAGUUCAAGAUCACCGGCUUCGGCAGAUCCACGUUUGUCGGAACAGUAAGACCCGGGACGCCGGGCCCCGCAGAAAACAUUCAUCCUAAUAACCCCUCUUCCAGAAAUUCCAAGAAAAAGACUCAAUUUUUAACACAGAUGGAAAGGGAAGAACUUGGCAAUGGCGGCCGGCCUAGAAAAAGUGGGCCCCUUGAAAAACAUGGUAAUGGCGGUGCUUGCCAUAAGUGUGGAGAGCAUUUUGUGAGAUGGGAGGCUCUUGAAUCUCAUCAUCUUUCCAAUCAUGCUGUAUCUGAACUAUCCGAGCUCGACUCGUCAAGAAAAAUAGUGGAAAUUAUCUGCCGGUCGACAAUGCCAAAACCCGAGACCCAAUCCGUGAAAAUAGACAAAGUCCUCAAAGUCCACAACAUGCAGAAAGCCCUUACAAUAUUCGAGGACUACAGAGAGACGGUUAAAAUCAAAGCAAGCAAACUUCCGAAAAAGCACCCUCGUUGUUUAGCUGAUGGCAACGAGCUCUUGAGAUUUCACGGCACAACCCUUUUGUGCUCGUUGGGCCUAAACGGCUCGUCGAGCCUGUGCAUUUCCGAGAAAUGCAACGUUUGCUGCAUUAUUAGAAACGGGUUUUCGGCCAAAAGGGAAAUGAAGAAAGGCGGAAUAGGAGUUUUCACGGCCUCGACUAGCGGACGGGCGCUUGAGUCCGUAGAGGUGAGCGCGGAGGAUAAUUACUCGGUUAGGAAGGCUUUGAUAGUUUGUAGGGUUAUAGCCGGGAGGGUGCAUAGGCCAGUCGAGAGUGUGGAGGAGAUUGUGGGGCAAGUGGGGUUCGACUCGUUGGCCGGCAAAGUUGGCCUAUAUUCGAAUAUUGAGGAGCUUUACUUGCUUAAUCCCAAGGCUUUGCUUCCUUGUUUUGUUGUCGUUUGUAAAACAUGAAGGCCCAAGUUUGGUGUUAGGGAAAGUUUUUGAAUUCCUUCAUGUUCAUGGUAGAUGGUNUAGAAUUUUUCCCAAAUGUAUCUACUUUUUAUUUGU